GCCAUACGAACCUCAGUUUAUGUGUGUGGGCCUAUACUUAAGCGUUGGUAAACCACCACUACAUUGAAAGUUCAAUAUUAUUUGUGUUAAAAAGGAAGGUCAAUAUUCAGUAGAAUGAAGGGAUCCAUGGGUUUUUUGCUGUGCUGUGUAUUAGCAGUGUGUUUACUGACCACAACGUCUGGUAUGACAACACAGCCAACAGUGAAUGGCACAGAAACGACGCCGAACGCUGAAGACGUGGCAAACACUACAUCAACGGCCAAAGUUACUCCAUCAACUGCCAAAGCCACAACAACAACAACAAAAGACACAACAACAACGACGAAAGUCACGCCACCAACGGCGAUGGCAGGAGCAUCAAAAACAACAACCCGUGGGCCUAAGAUUGGUACCGUUGUUAACGAAACACCAACGCCAGCACCAACGUACUAUUACGUGUCCACAUGUAAGCCCAUAACGAUCGAGUGUCCACAAAAGGACUGGACAGUCCACGUUAACCGGGUGUUCGGAGGGAGGAAGUUGGACCCCACGUGCACGGCUGACCGCGCCGAGUGCUGUAAAGCGGAAAUGGACAAUAGGACGGAGUGCCUAAUUGAGAACAAAGUGGUUGUCAAUUUGCAGAGAGAGUACUGUCUGAAAACUCCUGGAGAACCGUGUCUCAUCUUCGAGCACAGCGCCCAUUACAUAGGCUGCAAGGAUAACUUAGUCAGCCAGUACACAGUGGUCGAGUUUUACUGCGCAUAUAUUCCCAUACCGACCCGCAAUGAUACCACUGUAAUCACAACACCCAGUACAACCGCCGCGCCGUCCACCAGGAACACUCAACCCACAACCACAAUUGGACGAAAUACCAGCACGCCAAAACCUCUGCCCAUCGCCAUUAUCGCCGGGUCAGCAGGAGGCGGUGUUUUUCUCAUUGUCAUUAUCGUCGUCAUUGUGUGUUGCGUGAGAAUGCGAAAACAAAGAAUUAUGAAACAGGACAUGACUAAAGCCCAGCUCGGUAUGAACCCAGUGUCAGACAUUGGCGUUAAUUACAUGGACGCUGAAAAGGGGACUGAUCGUGAUCCGGAUAUCAUCAAAACAACUCCAAAAGUAGCUAAUGGAAAGCCGUAUAACUCCAGCUAAUGAUCCACCUUGCCUUUGCAGAUAAGAACGUUAGCUAUUGGUUAGCCAAACAGGAAUGCACAGGAGAAUAUAAUAUUUGUACACUGAAUCGUGAAAUGUGUACGCAGCAUGCAAUCACCAUGAAAGCAUCUGUGCAAUAUAUACUGAAGCAAUGUACUAUGCUCUUCUUGUUCCGCUGUGGAUGAGAAUAUUUCUAUCCAGAAGCAUUACCAAGUACUGCACGCCUAGGAGACAAACGUUAAGGUGCAUUAAUUGCAUUCGUCUCGGACGUCCUCAUGCCGCUAAUCAUGGCACUGGUUGUGUUGGAUUAGAAGGCCUACAUCGUCGCUGACACAUCCCAAGAAUCAUGAGCAUUCGUCAUGGUCGUGAAGUAUAAUUAGCCUCAAGCCUAUGGCGAUCAACAUGGUGGUGUCUUAAAAGUACGUGUGUGUUGGUUCACAUUUUACCGCGCAAUGAAUCCAACCUUCCACGAGAUGCACCCUUCAAGACGACCUAUUCACCUGACAACCGAUGACCAAUAUUCACCUGACCUCAUGCAGUCAACCUGUAUUCACCUGAUCACCGGCACCUCGUCCAUAUUAAAAGUCCGAUAAGUAGUCAUGGUUCCAAUGAUUGACAACCGGUACUGUUAUCUGAUUGGCAUGCUGCAUGGUUGACAACGACUGGUUGCUGAGACGUGAAAUCACCAAACCUACCACAAAUACUACCUCCUUCUCAAACCCAUCCCUUAUCUCCCGAAGGGUUCAAAAUAAAUACGUAUCCAUGUAAGGAAUGACUCCCGAUGAAGUUUAUUUGAAUGAUAGCCUCACAUAUACAUGUAUAUACAGCCUCUGUCAUAUGUACGAUUCUUAUCUUAUUGUAGCACUUAAGAAUGGGUGUAAUCCUCGUGUGCUCUCUGUGAAAGUGUUCUUCCGAUACAGAUGAUUGAGACAUUUACCAGAAAAGAGGUGCAUGAGGUGUCCUAAAUGAUAAUGUGGUGUCGGCUUUCAAAUUUUCAUCAAUAAUUUUAACUUUGAAAAACAAAUUUGCAUUCUACAUAGUUUAAUUUUUUUUUACCAUGGGGUGUGCUACAUGACUCAUUCAAAUUCGUUGAAAUCCCCUAUUUUUCAUAACACUGGUUAAGAGGAGUACUCCUGGGUAGACAAAAAUAUCAGAACACUUGUAAAUUACGUGUGUGUUCAGACGCCGCACUUUGUCUCGUUCCAUGCACAUUUGUUGGUGAGAUAUUAAUGGUACAAAAGUGUACUCCGUAUCAGUAUACGGACUUCUGUGUGAAGCUCUGUGGUACAUCUGAGUACCAUACACGUUUGUCCUGCUCUCGGGCUCGAUGAAAGAAUUCACGUCUUGUCUGGUGACAAGAUAUGAAUUAGUUUCAAUAGAACCACCUCUCCUUGCACUCUCCGUUGAGCCGUCCACUAACAACUGUAUCAUUCCCAAGGUGCAGGCUUUUAGUAUUUAUAGGUGCUCCGCCCUGAGCACAUAUAUGAAAAAAGAUUCAUUUUGGGGUUCCAUGUUACUUAACACUCAUGUAAACACAUUUUUCAGUAUGUCAUUUGUAUCCAUUACAUUUCAAUGUUGUGAUA